AUGACUGACAUUCUAAACAUCGGAGACGAGCCGAUUUUCGAUGAUCGCAUCGUCAAGAUCGAGACUCAUACGUACAAUCCGUUUGCCAACACAACGUUCGGGCACAGCGACGAGAUACGAAUACCCAUACACCAACAGGAUCUGUACACAUUGCCGUUCAAAAGUUUUCUAUACAUCGAGGGAAAAGUGACAAUAAACAAACCAGCCGAGGGAUUUUCGGUGGUACUGGGAAAUAAUUGUGUCGCGUUCAUGUUCGAUGAGAUUCGAUACAAACUCGACGGUGUAGAAAUUGAUCGCAACAGAAAUGUUGGAAUAACCAGCACACUGAAAAACUAUGCAACUGUGUCGUCAGACAAAAACGUGAUUCUGAGGAACGCAGGAUGGAUUUCGGGUUGGGACGUGAAUGGAUACUUUAAUUAUUGCGUACCACUCAACAUGUUGUUGGGGUUUUGCGAGGAUUACAGACGCGUGGUGAUCAACGCUCGUCACGAGUUAAUUUUAAUACGCGCGCGUAACGAUAACAACAGUCUAAUGGGAAGUUCGGAGUUGGAAUCCACGAUUGAUAUAUUCAAGAUACAAUGGCGCAUGCCUCACGUACUGCUGAACGAGAUACAUAAGUUGUCGUACUCUGGAGAGCGGACGCAAACAACUAAGCAUUCGUGGACCAUCAAGACCGCUACUCAGCUUGAGAAGCCGUCGAAGCGAUAUGUUAUCUUUGCUCUGCAGACGGGUCGAAAGAACAUUGUGUCCGAGGAUUUAAGCCGAUUCGAUCAUUGCAAAUUGACAAACGUGAAACUGUAUCUGAACUCGGAAUGUUAUCCAUACGACGAUAUGAACUUGGAUUUCGAUAAAAAUAAAUGGGCGAUUCUGUACGACAUGUACGCGCGUUUCUGCAAGGGUUAUUAUGGAUACGAGUAUCUCGAGCCAAACCUCACCACUUCAACUUUUCUACUUAACGGUCCAUUCGUAAUCAUCGAUUGCUCUCGACAAAAUAAAUCGAUCAAGAGCGCAACCGUGGACGUGCGCAUAGAAUUUGAAUGCAAAGAGAAUGUGUCGAUGAAUACCACCGCGUACUGCCUCAUCAUACACGACCGCGUGGUUCAGUACAACCCGUUGACAAACGUUGUGCGCAAAAUCACCUAA